AUGACAUCAUUCAGCGACGUGGUUAAUUGCACCUUCUGGUGUCUAGUCGAAGACCAUUUGAUUGGUCAGCGUGUGACUUGUUGUGUUUAUUGGGAGAAAAUGACAAUCUCAAAAUGCUGUGCGAUGAUGCACACAUUUCAUCAAGUCACGACCGUGCGAGCUGACUGCGUGCAACCGCCGUCUGAUCCCCGAAGAGGGACCAGAAAACAAUUAGCACCGAGGGAUGAGGACGAAUUGCCGAGUGAGCAAAGGAAAAUGCUGACGGCCCAAAGGAGUCAGGUAGUCCAGGCCGCCACCGAGACCCCGUCUCGGAGGCUCCCACCCUCGGAUACUAUUUUGGUGCAUCUGUCACUGGCCAACCUCCUCACCUCGCUUUUCCGCACCGUGCCCAUCUUUGUUUCGGACUUGGGCCUGGACGUGAGUCUGUCCCCGGGGUGGUGCCGAGUCUUCAUGCUGCUGUGGGUGUGGUGGCGGGCCGUUGGCUGCUGGGUGACUCUGGCGCUCAGCGUCUUCCACUGCACCACCCUAAGGCGGCGGGGCGUGACCUUCGGACCCCUGGCCGUAAAGCGGGAGAGGCGGCGGGUGUGGGUCAUCUUGGGGGUGGUGUGGGGGGCUAACCUAGCUUUCUCCACCCCCGCUCUGGUGUACAGCACCCACGUCCACAGCAACGCCACCGUGGAACUGAUGGUGAUCAGCUGCACCACCCGGCCCCUCCUGGGCUGCAUAUGGGAGUUCCCCUCCAGCCAACAGGGGGCAGCAUUCGCCUCCGCUUCCCUGGCAUUCAACGAGGUGUUGCCACUCCUGCUGAUGGUGUGCACCAACCUGGCAACCCUGCACUCUCUGGCCAAGCACAUCAGGGCCGUGACCGCGGGAGGGGAACACGGGGAGCUGGACAGACGCGUGUCCGGCGAGCGCAAGGCGGCUCACGUCAUCAUGUUGAUGGUGUCGCUCUUCGUGGUGUGCUGGGUGCUGCAGGUCGCCGCGGUGACGUACUACAACCACGACCGAGGCCACCACGCCGAAGGGCUGCUGACUGUGGCCCAUUUCGCGGCCUCGCUCUUUGUGGGCUUCUGUCCCAUGGUGGUGGCCCUGGGCCACGGCAAGUUGAGGAGGAGAAUUGUGGGAAUGAUCCUGGGCUGGUCGAAAGCUCUUAAACGGCACCGUGCUGACACCGAACGCGGGGUUCAACCCCAACGCGCAAAAGGAAAUACAAACAGCACCGCGUUGGCGUAGUGGUUGUCACGUCUGCCUCAUCGUCGAGACAUCCCAGGUUUGAACCCGGACUCAGACCCUCUUGCGUGAUACUCAUUAUAUGUUCUCCCUCCGCUUUUGUGGGUUUUCUCCGGGUACUCUGACUUCCUCCCACCUCCCGAGAGCUCGCAUGGGCCAUAAAUCGUCAAGGUAGAUUUGGCGCUUUUGGGGCUAUUAUUAUUCACCUGGUACAAAAUAUAGAUAUAUAAAAUAAUGUAAAAUAGAAACACUGAACUUUAUUCUAGGGUUAAUCAAAGGAACUUAAAAUAACGUUACCCUAGCAAGUGUGUACAAACUCCUUAGUACGAGGAGUUUGUAAGAGGCCUCAUUUGUUUUUACUUCCGCUCUAUAAAAUAUAUUUUCUUCGUGCUUGUUAUAGUUCAUAUUUGUGGUGCAAAAAGUUGGAAUGAUUUAUCUUGGUCUUAAUUUUCUUUUUUUAUCACAACAACAUAGCACUUGGACAGGGGUGUGUAGACUUUUUAUAUCCACCGUAUGGACCAGGGGUGUCAAAUUCAUUUUUGUCGCGGGCCACAUUGCAGUUCUGGUUUCCCUCAGUUGUUUAUUUUUAUUUCCGCUCUCUAAAAUAUAUAUUACGUGCAGGUUAUAGUUCAUACUUGUGGUGUAAAAAUUUGGAAUGAUUAAUCUUGGUCCUGAUUUUUUUUUUUUUUUUUUUACAUCACAACAAACUAGCACUUGGAUAGGGGUGUGUAGAUAUUUUAUAUACACUGUAUAGACCAGGCAUUUUUGUCACGGGUCACAUUGUUGUUCUGGUUUCCUUCAGAGGGCCGUUCUGAAUGUGAAACCAUAAAAAUCGUUUAUCGCCUCAUCAUAUCCAUCCAUCCAUCCAUCAAUCUUCUUCGCCGCUUAUCCUCACAAGGGUCGCAGGGAGUGCUGGAGCCUAUCCCAGCUGUCAACAGGCAGGAGGCGGUGUACACUCUGAACUGGUUGCCAACCAAUUGCAGGGCACACAUAGGCAGACGACAGUCGCACUCAUAAUCACACCUAGGGGCAAUUUAGAGUGUCCAAUUAAUAUUUGCAUGUUUUUGGGAUGUGGGAAGAAACCCAUGCAGGCACGGGAGAACAUGCAAACUCCAAAAGGUGGGUUCAUGAUCAAACCUGGGACCUCAGAACUGUGAGGCCAACGCUUUCCAGCUGACCCACUGCGCCCCUCAUCGUAUUGACGUGAAAUUUAUGAAUGACUUUCGGAAUCACAAACCAAGGGUAAUGGGUUUUUCAACUAUUUUUCAUAUUUUGUGACAUAAAAACACUUGCAAUACCUCAACGUCAUCAUUUAUGAUAUGACAUUUUGUCAUUUUGGGACAGAUUUGAACAAGAAUCACAGAAGUUGACAUACAUGAUUUGCCUUCGCGGUCCAGGUAAAAUUAUGUGGCGGGCCGGAUCUGGCCCCCGGGCCUUGAGUUUGACACCUGUGGUAUAGACAAACAACCGUUCGCGCUCGUAUUCUCGCCUGCGGGCGAUUUGGUCGUAAAUGAGCUUAAACAGUAGAUUUUAGUAAUUUGAGAAGAAGGCAGAGAAAAUUUACGCAAAGAUGACGAGCGCAAACAAACGCCGCACAAGAGAUUCAAACCCAGAAUCCCAGAACGGUGAAUCAGAUGUUCUAACCAACACCCUGCCGCGAUCCCGGCACUAACCUCGGCCUUCACAGCAAGUCUCGCACAAAACUGGGAUUGCCUUUUUUUUCUUUCUUUUUUCU